AUGGUUUUGCGGCUCAAUCGGCAUCUUCUGACGGAGUUAACGUCUUCACUAUUAGCGAAAAUAUCACCAAGACAAAGUCUUUUAGCUGCUGACCGCUGCCAAUUAAUUUUACAAAUUAGGCAUAUAUCUUUUUUCGGAAACGAUCCACAAUCUUCGGCUUCACCAGCGAUUCCUGAAAUAUUGACUACACCUGCAAAUACACCAUUAGUUUCUACUGAUUCAACAGAUUUCACAUUGAUUGAACAGUUGCAACUGGGAUUGGUGAAAGAUUUUCAUUUAUUUGAUUUCGUUAGUGGGAAUUCAUUAGUUAAAGAGUAUGAGCUCUUUUCAUGGUGGAGUCCGGCAUCAUGGUUUCGACUAGCGCUGGAAUACAUGCAUUUUAAUAUUGAUCUACCGUGGUGGUUAACUGUCGUAUGUGCCACAAUAAGUUUACGGUUACUGAUGAUAUUUGUACCAAUCGCCUCUCAUCGACUUAUGGCACGAGUGCAGUUAUACAAAAAUGAAAUUGAUGAAUUUAAAGAAAAAAUGGAAAUUGCUAAAAGAAGUGGAAAUUUUUUGCAAACGAUGGAAACUCAAAAAGAGCUGAAAGACUUCUUAAAAGCAAAGGACAUCAAACUUUAUCGACAGUUUAUGUUUAUGAGUUUUAAUGGCGCUAUCUUUAUGACACAAUUUAUCGCGGUCAAAAAAUUGUCUGAUGUUGCUUUUCCUGGUAUGAGCACUGGUGGUUUGUAUUGGUUCAAGGAUUUGACCAUACCUGAUCCCUAUUAUUUGCUUCCAUUGGUUUCUGCUAUCACUGUCGCUGCGAUAUUCAAAAUGGGGGCCGAAACUGGUGGAUCAAAUCAAGGUGUCAAUCCGCAGAUCCAGAAGAUGCUGACAAGAAUUGGACCAGUUGUGGUUUUUGCAUGUAGUAUCAAAGUUUCUUCGGCUAUAGCUUUAUACUGGUGUACGUCUAAUAUGAUCUCUGUAAUGUUUUCUGGAAUAUUCAAGAUCCCAUCAGUUCGAGCUUUUCUAAAAAUACCUCACUUACCAUCGAAAGGAGUGCAUUCCUAUGAGAAAGCUCUUAGCCGAAAUAUAGAUCAAGCGACUAUGCAAAAGCAAGGUAAACAGACAUUUACUGAAAAAGCAAAAGGUGCCUCUGGAUAG